AGGAUGACCUGGGUCGGCGCCUCCACGUGACCAUCCACUAUGGCUUCCCUGUGUCAGGGCCAGCUGUGUAGUGGCUCGGUGUGAUUUGUUAGCUAUUCGAGGCAGGGUACCCUCCUCAGGACUGAGACAUGCAAAAAAUUAAAUCUCUCAUGACCCGACAGGGUCUGAAAAGCCCUCAAGAAAGCCUCAGUGAUCUUGGUGCCAUAGAGAGUCUCCGGGUCCCUGGAAAGUUAGAACCCUAACGUGAUGUUAACUUUGGAAGAAUUCAGGGAACUUCGAGAACAGCCAAGUGACCCUCAAGCUGAACAAGAGCUUAUUAAUAGUAUUGAACAAGUAUAUUUUUCUGCGGAUUCAUUUGAUGUUGUUAAAUAUGAGCUGGAGAAGCUUCCACCUGUUCUCAAUUUGCAAGAAUUAGAGGCGUACAGAGACAAAUUGAAACAACAGCAAGCUGCAGUAUCUAAAAAAGUGGCAGAUUUAAUCCUUGAAAAACAGCCUGCUUACGUAAAGGAACUUGAAAGAGUUACCUCAUUGCAGACAGGUCUUCAGUUAGCUGCUGUUAUCUGUACAAAUGGCAGAAGACACUUGAAUAUUGCAAAGGAAGGUUUUACUCAAGCUAGUUUAGGCCUUCUUGCAAAUCAAAGGAAACGUCAGUUGCUGAUUGGACUUCUGAAAUCUCUGAGAACUAUAAAAACAUUGCAAAGAACAGAUGUACGGUUAAGUGAAAUGCUGGAGGAGGAAGAUUAUCCAGGAGCUAUUCAGUUGUGCCUUGAAUGUCAGAAAGCUGCCAGCACUUUUAAACAUUACAGUUGUAUAAGUGAACUGAAUUCAAAGCUGCAAGAUACUUUGGAACAGAUUGAGGAACAGCUGGACGUAGCUCUUUCCAAAAUCUGCAAGAAUUUUGACAUUAACCAUUAUACCAAGGUUCAACAAGCUUAUCGACUUCUUGGAAAAACACAGACAGCAAUGGAUCAACUUCAUAUGCACUUCACCCAAGCCAUUCACAACACCGUGUUUCAAGUUGUUCUUGGUUAUGUGGAACUAUGUGCAGGAAACACAGACACAAAAUUCCAAAAGCUGCAAUAUAAGGAUCUCUGUACACAUGUUACACCAGACAGCUAUAUUCCAUGCCUUGCAGACCUAUGCAAAGCACUGUGGGAAGUUAUGCUCAGCUAUUAUAGGACUAUGGAAUGGCAUGAAAAGCAUGACAACGAGGAUACUGCUUCAGCUUCUGAAGGGAAUAAUAUGAUAGGUACUGAAGAAACUAAUUUUGAUCGUGGCUACAUAAAAAAGAAAUUAGAACAUGGACUUACACGAAUAUGGCAGGAUGUUCAGCUAAAAGUAAAAACCUACUUGCUUGGAACCGAUUUGUCUAUAUUCAAAUAUGAUGAUUUCAUCUUUGUUUUGGACAUAAUCAGCAGGUUGAUGCAAGUUGGAGAAGAAUUUUGUGGUAGCAAGUCUGAAGUUUUACAGGAAUCUAUUAGAAAACAAAGUGUCAAUUAUUUCAAAAAUUACCAUAGAACACGGCUCGAUGAACUGAGAAUGUUCUUAGAGAAUGAGACUUGGGAACUUUGUCCUGUUAAGUCAAAUUUCAGCAUCUUGCAACUUCAUGAAUUUAAAUUCAUGGAACAGUCUCGCUCCCCAUCAGUUUCACCUAGUAAGCAGCCAGUCUCAACUUCUUCAAAAACAGUGACCUUGUUUGAGCAGUACUGUAGUGGUGGGAAUCCAUUUGAAAUUCAGGCCAACCACAAAGAUGAAGAAACAGAAGAUGUCUUAGCUUCUAAUGGGUAUGAAUCUGAUGAACAAGAAAAGAGUGCCUAUCAAGAGUAUGACAGUGACAGUGAUGUUCCUGAAGAACUCAAACGAGACUAUGUGGAUGAGCAGACAGGAGAUGUUCCUGUGAAAAGUGUUUCUCGGGAAACUCUAAAAAGCAGGAAGAAAUCAGAUUACAGUCUAAAUAAAGUGAAUGCCCCUAUCUUAACAAAUACAACGUUGAAUGUAAUAAGACUUGUUGGAAAAUAUAUGCAGAUGAUGAACAUUCUUAAGCCAAUUGCCUUUGAUGUUAUUCAUUUCAUGUCUCAACUAUUUGAUUAUUACUUGUAUGCAAUAUAUACCUUUUUUGGUCGGAAUGAUUCAUUGGAAUCCACAGGACUUGGCCUUAGUAGUAGUAGACUAAGAACAACUCUAAACAGAAUACAAGAAAGCCUUAUUGAUCUAGAAGUUUCUGCUGAUCCUACUGCCACACUCACAGCAGCAGAAGAAAGAAAGGAGAAGGUGCCAAGUCCACACCUCAGUCACCUGGUGGUUUUGACAUCUGGGGAUACAUUGUAUGGGUUGGCAGAAAGAGUUGUAGCCACAGAAUCCUUGGUAUUCUUGGCUGAACAGUUUGAGUUCCUUCAGCCGCAUCUGGAUGCUGUGAUGCCUGCAGUCAAAAAGCCCUUUCUUCAGCAGUUCUAUUCUCAGACAGUCUCAACUGCCAGUGAACUACGCAAACCAAUUUACUGGAUUGUGGCUGGUAAAGCCCUUGAUUAUGAACAGAUGCUGCUCCUCAUGGCUAAUGUGAAAUGGGAUGUAAAAGAAAUUAUGUCACAGCACAACAUAUAUGUAGAUGCACUAUUAAAGGAAUUUGAGCAGUUUAACAGGAGGCUAAAUGAAGUUUCUAAGAGAGUUCGAAUACCCUUGCCUGUGUCUAAUAUACUUUGGGAACAUUGUAUACGAUUGGCUAAUCGAACUAUCGUAGAAGGAUAUGCCAAUGUCAAGAAGUGCAGUAAUGAGGGUCGUGCCCUGAUGCAAUUGGAUUUUCAACAGUUUUUAAUGAAACUUGAAAAACUAACAGAUAUUAGACCCAUUCCUGAUAAAGAAUUUGUGGAAACUUAUAUUAAAGCCUAUUACCUAACUGAGAAUGACAUGGAACGCUGGAUCAAAGAGCACAGGGAAUAUUCAACGAAGCAGUUGACUAAUCUGGUGAAUGUUUGCCUGGGAUCCCAUAUCAAUAAGAAAGCAAGACAAAAACUUCUAGCAGCUAUAGAUGAUAUAGACAGACCUAAAAGAUAAUGAACACUGCUCUUUUUUCUCAAUGGCAUUGAUCCUCACUCAACAUAUAUGACCUGAAAGCCAGUUUUUUAAUGCACUUCUGACAACUAUCUGCUAAAAAAUCUUUGUGCAUGUUUUUUUCGACUGGAAAGUGAAAAACAUUGAAAUGUGUGUGGUGUUCUCAUGACUUUUAUAUGCUGUGGUCUCUUCAACUUUUGGUCUCAUUUGUUGUAAUCUGAAAUGAUAUUGUUGGCUUGUCAUAACAAUGGUUAUGUGACUACAGUUAUACAUUUUACAGAAGAAUGUACCAUAAGUAUAUAAUUAGAAGAACAGUGGCUUAAUAUAUGUAUGGGAAGUUUAUGGAGAAUGAAGUUGGCAUUUUUCUACCCUCUGAGCUUGGUUCUUACUAAGCAUAAUGUGAGGGUGAAUGUGUAGUAUCUCGUAAUUAUGAGCACUGCAUGAGAAUUAAAAAACACGUGUAAGUAACAUAGAUGAAAAAUCAGUAUGUUCUCUGUUUUUAAAAUGUCAAAGUUUAUGUCAGGGUUAAUUUAGUUAUAACAAAGUGAUCAUAAAUGAUGAAAUGUAAUAAAUAUACUCGAGUAUGAUCAGCCUAUGUGAGACUACAUUUUGAUUUUUUGUGUGGCAUGCAGAUGUCAUGAACUAUAAUGCAGCUUUUAGCAUGUUCUAAUUUUAAUUGUUUUGUAUCCUGAAACCAAUGGUAAAAAGUAAUUUCAUUGAGUGUGCCUUUUCAAUGCCUGAGUAGCAUACAGAAUCAUGAUUAUGAGAUUUUCUUUUAUCUUUCUUUAUAAACAUAUGGGUUUUUUUUGUUGAAAGUUUUGGUCUCUUUAAAUUCACAUUUUGUCCUAGGACAGUAAAACCCAGGUCAACUGACUCAGGAAGCAGUUGUCUGCUAGUCACGCAUAUAUGUAUGGUCAUAUGUUCACUCUUCUUAAAUAUCUGCCUUUUGUAACACAAAUGUAAAAUAAUAUCAGUCUAGCCAAUGAUGAACUCUGGAAUCCACUUAGUCUUCAGUAAGUAUGUGUUGUUCCUCUAAACUUUGCCCUGAAGCCAGGGAUCUUCUCCUAAUGUAUGUGACAUGAAAAUCCAUUUUCCAUGUA